AUGGGCGUGUCGAGCCUGUUGACAUCCAUCAUCAAGCGCGAAAGCGGACAUGGCUUUGUGAUGAAGGAUUUUACGAACCCAUUCUUUGACGCGGAGCCGUACAAGGUGAUGAUAAUCCUAGCCGCGGAUUUCCCCAUUUAUCUGCUGCUCAUGCUCUACGUGGAUCUUGUGCUCCCGAGCGGGGGAAGUGCUCCGAAGCACCCUUUGCUCUUCCUCCUCCCUAUCUUUAGGGCACUCAAGAGGUGUUUCCGUCGGCGGAAAACGCAAAAGGCAGCGCGCGAUGACGGCAGCGGCGACGCCCCGCGGCAUCGGGUUUUGCUCGAUCCCAGCGUCGGCAUCGACGCGGCGACGGGGAAGCCGAAAAAGGCAACCGUUCAGCUGAAAAACGUGCGCAAAUCCUUCUCCCAUGGCAAACACCGCACGGUGGCGGUCGAUUCGCUUUCCUGGGAGCUCUAUCCCGGGGAGGUUACCGUGCUCCUGGGGCCGAACAACUCGGGGAAGUCCACCACCGUCGGCAUCAUCACCGGCAUGACGGAGCCUGAUGAAGGGGAUUGCAUCGUGGAUGGCCACUCCGUCGUAACGGAGCUCGCCGCGGUGCGCGCGAACAUCGGGCUCUGCCCGCAGCACAACACCCUCUGGGCGGACCUCACCUGCCGCGAGCAUCUCGAGCUUUUCGCGAAGAUCAAAGGCCUAAAAGGGGCGGAGCUGGAGAACGCGAUUUGGGAUGUGCUCUGCGCGGUCGACCUGGCCGACAAGAUCGACUUCCUCGCGUCGAGGCUCUCGGGCGGGCAAAAACGCACACUCUGCGUUGCGAUCGCCUUUGUGGGAAAAAACCGCGUGGGGGUGUUGUGGGAUGAGCCCUCCGCGGGCGUCGACCCCAUCGCGCGGUGCUCGAUUUGGCAGGCGUUGAAGUGCGUUUCCACGCCGUGCUCGAUCAUCCUCACGACGCAGCACUUAGCGGAGGUCGAGGCGCUCGGGGAGUGCGUCGCGAUCCUGGUCGACGGCAGCCUCCGAUGCAUCGAGGAUUUACCCUAUUUGAAGCGAAAAUACGCCCAAAACAUCUACGAACUCGCGAUCCGAGUCGACGACGCGAACCCGGCGGAGGUGGCGGUGUCGAAUCCGAUCCUCCUGCCCCGCGCGACGUCGAAUCCGCGGACGGAUCCCGGCCGCGCGGCGACCGACAGCAACAGCACCAACCUCGCCCCCAGCCUCAAAGAUCUCCGUCGGCAGUCCUCCAUCACCGAUAACAAAAUGAUCUACCUGGAUCCGACCAACCCGAUUCGGGAGUUUAUGGAAAAAUUCUUCCCCUGCGCGCUGCUGAUGGAGAAUGUCGGGGAUCGGCAGUUUACCUAUUCCAUCCCCUCCAACCCGGGCGCCGCCGACGAGCUCGCGCGGUUGAAGGCGAAUCUCAAGCACACCUCCCCAGAAGUUUCUCCCUCCGCCACGUCACGUUGCUUUCCGAUUUGUUCGAGAUGCUCCAGAAGUAUCAAUCCGUGCUCCGGAUUAGCAGUUUCAGCAUCUCACACGUCUCCCUCGAGCACGUGUUUAUGCGGGUCUGCGGCGAGGACGACGCCCCGCGCGGGAAACGACAGGGAAAGGCGCGGAAGCCACCCCACGCGGCCUCGACGAUUUCCCUCGCGCCCAGGCAUUCCAUCCUCCCGAUUCGCCCUUCGUUGUAUUCGCGAAGCCGGAAUCUGCACACGAACGCGUUCGGCGAGAAGAGUUUCGAGAACUACCCGAAUUACCGCCGCUGGCGUGCGAUGCAACACCACCGCAGGGUCGACAAAGAGACCCCAUUGGUUUAAUAAAAGGCGCGGGAGGAGAGAGGAGGGGGGGGGGGGGCUGGUGAAGAGAACGAUAAACUGA